AUGGCACAUAAGGUUGCGAAACACUGUUCUAUAUCAACACAUUAUUUUAUGGAAUCUAAACCUAAGCUGUUCAAAAAUUCCUAUUUUUUAAAAUCUAGGGUGACCGAGGUGUUGGAGACGAUUGUCUGCAAAACCGAGCCUCCAGAAUCACCGCCGAAGAAAGUCAGGAGUGAAGACUUCGGCUGCGCACUCUAUUUAGACCCAUACGCCCAUCUACGGUACAGAACCGCCCAGACCUUCCGACCCUGGGGCAAAAGGGAGCCAGAACUCCUACACCCAGAAAGGGUGGUCCGAGUAGCAGAUUGCAGGAGGUUCGAACACGACUUCCAGCCAAACGUUGCCCUUAAACCACUAACUCCGCCUAUAGACGACGUGACUUCAUCCACGUCACCACCCCCAUCAGACCCAGAGCUCACUGCCCGGUUAUUAGACGCAGAGGCGCGUUUAAACGAACGCGAGCGAACCCUGGACGAGAGGGAGGUAGAGCUCGCCAGGCGCGAGGCAAGGCUCGAGGAAAGGGAAAGAGAGAUAGAGAGGAGAGAACGACUCCUCGAAGAGAAACCAGAGCCGAAUUCCUCUCCGCCCAGGGAUAGUGAUCCGCCUUGUUGA